AUGAGUUUGAAGGGUUUUCAGAAGAGUAUUGUUCGGGCACCUCAGACCUUCAAGUCCCGGUUCAACAUUGGUGAGAACACCAAGGAUGUGGUCUACAGUGAUGCCGAACGCCGGUUUCAGGAGCUCGAGAAGGAAACCAAGAAGCUCCAUGAUGAGUCGAAGAAGUAUUUUGACGCCAUUAAUGGCAUGUUGACCCAUCAGAUUGAAUUCUCCAAGGCCAUGACCGAACUAUAUAAACCUAUCUCUGGCCGCGCCUCCGACCCGAGUUCCUACACCAUUGAAGGAAAUCCGGAAGGCAUCCAGGCCUGUGAGGAAUAUGAAGCUAUUGUUCGCGACCUCCAGGAGUCCCUGGCGCCCGAGUUGGAAAUGAUCGAAUCGCGGAUCAUCAGCCCAGCUGAUCAGUUGCUUGAGGUGAUCAAGGUGAUUCGCAAAGUUGCAGUGAAGCGAGACCACAAGAAGUUGGACUACGAUCGGCAUCGUAACUCUCUAAAGAAGCUACAAGACAAGAAGGACAAAUCGCUCAAGGAUGAAAAGGCCCUUUACAAGGCUGAGAACGACGUGGAGCAGGCUACGCAGGAAUACAACUACUACAAUGACCUGAUGAAGGAUGAAUUGCCCAAACUGUUCGCUCUGGAGGCAGAAUUCAUCCGCCCGCUCUUCCAGUCCUUCUACUACAUGCAACUUAACGUUUUCUACACACUACACGAAAGAAUGCAAGGAAUAAACAUCGGGUACUUUGAUCUGACGUUAGAUGUUGAAGAGGCAUUUGAGAAAAAGCGAGGCGAUGUCAAGGAGCGCGCCGAGGAGCUUACGAUUGUUCAUUUCAAGACCAAAGGCCUGGGUCGACAGAACUCCAAAUUCAACCCUAAGGACAAAUUGGCGAACGAGGGCAAAGGCAGCUUUGCCCCUCGGCAAAAAGACCCCGACGUCGUCGAGAACCCUCCGCCUCCGUAUACUUCCGCGGCUAGCAGCGGCAGUAGCUUCCUCACAGCCGCCAAAUCCAAGCCGGCUCCUCCCCCUCCCAAGCCGAAACCGGCUCGGUUUAGUGCUUCGGUUGAGACGGUUACAGCUCUGUAUGACUACGAAGCACAAGCACACGGUGACCUUAGCUUUUCUGCAGGUGAUGUCAUUGAAAUCAUACAACGCACAGAUAACCAGAAUGAGUGGUGGAGUGGACGAGUCGAUGGCCGAGAGGGACAGUUCCCUGCAAACUAUGUUCAGCUCAACUAG